UGACAUCACGGGACGACAAAAAGAGUCGCCGGCGGAGGGGAAGGCGCCAAUCAAUCGCAGCACUCAGACGGUGGCGCACGGCGGAGACGCACGGCGCUACAUUUUCAUUUUCACUUCUCUACUUGACGUUUUUUGCUGGGGAGGAUGUUCCCCCGAGACGCGUUAUACUUCGAUCGCUCCCUCCUGCGCAGACAAGCUUCCUCCUCGUAGAGAAGAAGAGAAAACUCGUCGGUUACUUUUUGUUUUUGGUGCGUAAGAAGCUGUCCAAGAGAACCGAGCCCGAAGUGCAGCCUGGUGGUCUGGCUGCUGUUGACAGUAUGAGCCUGGCUGGACAGGCGAGGGGAGCGGGCUGUCCGUCUGUGGUCCUCGGCUGAGAAGCAGCGUGGAUUUAACACGAAUUCAUGUGGACUUUAUCGGAGCCCAAAGGUGGAACGACGACCGGACACAGCGCUUCCUCGUCAGGGACUGACUGAUCAUGGUCGCCGUGGUCGGCUCUCUCAUGGUACUGCUGCUCGCCGAGGUGUUGAUGGAAGGUGCGACGGGGCUCAUCCCUGAGGUGGGCCGGCGGAAGUACAGCGACUUGAGCAGGCAGAGCCCGCAGCAGUCCGAGAGCGUCCUCAACGAGUUCGAGAUGCGGCUCCUCAGCAUGUUCGGACUCAAGCGCAGGCCCACGCCGGGAAAGCAUGCCAUGGUGCCGCAGUACAUGGUGGACCUCUACCGCAUGCACUCAGCCAACGGCGACCACAGUGCCAGGCGGCCCAGGAGCAUGGGGAAACACGCCGAGAGGGCAGCCAGCAAGGCCAACACGAUUAGAAGCUUUCACCACGAAGAGUCUUUGGAGGCCCUGGCCAGCCUGAAAGGCAAAACCACCCAGCAGUUCUACUUCAACCUCACUUCUGUCCCCAAGGAGGAGCUCAUCACCUCCGCAGAGCUUCGCAUCUACAGGGAUCAGGUCAGGGGAGUCCCUCCCCCCAGCAACAGCAGCAACGGCACUUCUGCAGCCGGCUUCCAUCGCAUCAACAUUUAUGAGAUUUUCGGGGGCCCUAAAACUAACAGUGCAGAGCCUCUGGUCCGCUUGCUGGACACUCGGCUCGUGCAGGACUCUUUGAGCAGAUGGGAGAGCUUUGACGUCAGCCCAGCUGUAUCUCAGUGGACCUCCGGGAAGGGCCGGAACCACGGCUUCAUGGUGGAGGUGCACCACCCACAGGAUGGGGAGGUGAACGGCGAGCCUUCCCAGAGACGCAGUAGGCACGUCAGGGUGAGCCGGUCCCUGCACCGGGACCGGGACUCGUGGCCUCAAGCGAGGCCGCUGCUGGUGACGUAUGGCCACGACGGCCGCGGGGACUCGGUGCUGCACACGCGGGAGAAGCGUCAGGCGGCGCUCCGCAAGCAGCGCAGGAAGCACCAGCACAAGGCCAGCUGCAAAAGGCACGCCCUUUACGUGGACUUCAGUGAUGUGGGCUGGAACGAGUGGAUAGUGGCGCCCCCCGGCUACCAUGCCUUUUACUGUCACGGGGAAUGUCCGUUCCCUCUGGCAGACCACCUGAACUCUACCAAUCACGCCAUCGUGCAGACACUGGUCAACUCGGUCAACUCAAACAUUCCCAGAGCUUGUUGCGUGCCCACUGACCUCAGCCCCAUCUCUCUGCUUUACCUGGACGAAUACGAGAAGGUCAUCCUUAAAAACUACCAGGACAUGGUGGUGGAGGGAUGCGGCUGCCGGUGAGAACGGGACGGUGGCACGUUACGGAAGGAGAGGGGCACCCAAAAAGGACUAAAAGAGACAUGAAAGGUUAUUAUGGACACCCGCUUUCCCAAUGAAGACAUUAUUUAUAUGAAAAGAAAUAGAAAAGAGAGUUAAGAGAAAAACACUAUAUGAAUAUAUUUAUGUCUAGGCAAAGUUGGGAAAUAGAUAUUUUAAUCAGAGGAAUAUAUUCCUUUUUACUGGUUUUGAAAAUGUAUUUGUGAUGUACAUUUCCAAAUGGGUGCAAUACCACAUGAAGUAUAAUGCUCAGAUUUUUAUUUUGUAUUUAUUUCUAUCAUAACCACUUUAUGUGUAAAUAAAUAAUGUGUAUUUAUCAUGAGAAAAAGUGGCGGCUCUAGUUGUAGUCCUACACUUCCACCCCCACCCACCCCGUUGAGUGCGUGCCACACAAUGGGAACCGUGCCACAGCAAUGUACACAGCACACCACCAGAAGCGUGUUUUCUUACAAAGAUUGCAAAGCAAGCAGUGAGCUCUUUAUGGUAAGUGUAACUGGAGCGCAACAACAAUAGUGUAGUCAGCUGAGGUCAGAGUGCCACUGCUGCAGUGAGGCGCAGUCGUAGCGAUGGCGGAGACAAGUUACACGAGUGUGAUAGACUCCCACGGGAGGAUUACAACAACACCAGAGCUUGUUUUCAGGAAUGACGGCCCGAGACCCCCAAGACUCUUGUGCAAACUAGUUCCAGUGUUUUCCCUUGUCAAAUUAGCAGGUGAAAAGCCUGUUAUGGUUUGUUCACGCUUGACAGCUUUGCUUCGCUUCCUGCGUGUGAACCCUUGCGAGAUUUCUUUGCUCAAAUAUGAACGCUUCUGUUAAAGGCAAAUCCGCUACCAUUGAUCACUUGCUCUGACUAGGGUGGACUUCUUGGUUCCAACGAUCGUUGGUUUGAUUUCUCCGUUCAUGGACUCAACGCUCAGCACGUUGGUUAAAACCAAGUCUGUUGCCGUUUCUCCAUGCGUUUCAUCAUGUAUGAACACUACUGUUGAAGGCGAAUCCGCUACAGUUUAUCAAUUGCGAUGAUUAGGAUUGACUUUUUGGUUUCUUUCCUCUGUUGGAAAUGGAAUCAGCGCUCAGCACUUUGGCUUAAACUACAGAUGCAUGAUGUCUUUUUUUUCAUAUCUAUACGGAUAACUUUCUGCUUCUCAAGACUGAUAUGGUCUAUGUUUUUUAUUUAAGUGUAGUUUGUGCACAUCUGGAGGUAAGAAAGACUGGAACAAAUUGGGAUUUGUUGAUUUGUCCUAAUGAAAUAUUAUGACAUCACUACUAUCAGGAGAGCCAGAGUGGGGGGGACACCUGCUGUUAGAGUCCCUCCAUAUAGAGAGUUGCAAUAUGACCAGUCGAAAAAAUAUGGUCACGUGACUCGUGGAGCCAUCUUGGGGCCAAAUUUGCGUUUGCGUUCGCCUUUUCUUUACAGUAUUCUUGGCCGUAUUCUUGUUUAUUCCCCAAAAAUGCCAGGUUGUUGUGCAUUUGGAUGCACAAAUAGACAUGACAAGGGUUUCAAGCUGUACAGAUUCCCUUCAGAUGUCAACAGACGGACAAUUUGGGAAAAUAAAAUCAACCGUUUGGGCUGGAAGCCGAACUCGUCUUCCAAGCUGUGCGAGGUAGGCUCUGUAU